AUGCUGCUUCCCAGUCCAACUCUUCUCCUAUCCCUCGGUCUGAGCCUCACCCUGAGCAACCUCGCAUCGGCCUUUUGCGGGACCUCCGAGCCCUCGGAAGCAGGUCUCUCGGUCCACCGCUCAUUCCAAGCUCUCGAGGCCGAGCGCGCAGCCCAAGGACUUGUCUUUUCUCCGCCCCAGGACGAGAGACAGAUCCAGGUUUACGUCCAUGUCAUUUUGGAGAGUGAGAGCGAUAGUGGACUUGAGGAUGAGAUCGAGGAGCAGAUAACAGUCUUAAACACCCUCUUCGCUCCCGUGGGCUUCACCUUCCAGCUUGCGGGGAUAGAGACAGCCCUGUUUGAGGGCCUCGGCCCCGUGGACCCCGAAGGCGAAAGCAAUGCGCAGAUCAAACAGCUUCGACAAGGGGGCGUCCGCGAUCUCAAUCUGUAUAUUGUGCAUGCGAUUCAGGAUAAUGUUGCCGGAUAUGCAACAUUCCCUUGGGACUACACAACCUCACCCCAACUCGACGGCGUCGUCAUGUCCCGGCCGUACAUCCCCGGCGGCUCCCAAGAGGGCUACAACACGGGGAGCAUCACGGCGCACGAGGUCGGGCACUGGCUCGGUCUCCUACAUACGUUCCAGGAUGGCUGUUUUGGCGGCGAUUAUGUGGAUGAUACCCCCGCUGAGGCGGAGCCGGCGGUGGGGUGUCCGGAGUCCCGCGACUCGUGCCUGGUUCUACCGGGUUUGGAUCCGAUCCAUAAUCAUAUGGAUUAUAGCAAUGAUGCGUGCAGGACGGAGUUUAGCCCGGGGCAGAUUCAAAGGAUGGUGGCUGUCUCCGAUGAGCUUAGGCCUUCGCAGUAG